AUGGGAACUCUGACCACCAUCAUCGUCCUUUGCGUCGUUAUUUCACCGAUCGUCCUCAUGGUCCUCGCCCAUCCGUCUUUGCGGGUAGCACUGUGGCGCGGUAACGAAGACGGCUCAUGGCUGGUGACGGCCGCUGAAAAGCGCAUGUUUCUCGCCCUCAUCGACCUUGCCCAAGCCGAAGCCGAGAAGAUGACGGCCGAGUUGGAGCGGCUGAGAGCCUCCGACCGUGAACAACGAAGACUCGUGGAGCAUUGGAAGGGCGUGGCCAAUAGAACGCGGGAGCAACACUCGGCGCAGCGACGGCUCGCAGAGCAUUGGAAGGGCGUAGCGGACAGACUGAGGGUGCAGCACUCGGUGCCCGUACGGCCUUGCCGUCCUGAACGAAACCGGCAGACGCAAAGACGCGAUGACGAACUGCUGGAAUGCGACAUCUGCCUGCGCAUGGUGUACGCGCCCCUUGCCCUCGCGAGCUGUGGACACCGCUUCUGUUUGGAAUGCCGGCUGGCCAACACCCGGUCGUCCUCCGCCGAUCCCAACACCACCAGGCGGCACGCGACCGGCGUAGGCCGCAUCCCGAGCGGCGUGCGCCUGCAUUGCCCGACGUGCUCGAGGCCAGACUUGGGCUUGAACCGGUGGUUUGCGCGAGACGCGGGCGCAGAGGUCAUAGAGCCGGCGGGAGCGGAACUUGCACGAGAGCCGGGCGCGAUGCCCGCAUUACCCGUCGUGAACGAAGGCAUGGCCAGGCGCCCCUUCGCGGUACUUGGGCGCGUACUCACGAGAGCGUUGCCCCGACGCUGAAUCCGGAGCGACGUGAUAACUGGCGUCGGGAGGGCGUGAAUAUCUCCUGAAAGGUUCAUCCCAGAGGAUGUGGCUGCCGGCAGCAUGAUUGCAGGGGGGUCCUACGUUGACUCAUUUACUGGGCUGCUUACUCCACCGUGGCACUCGUUGAGGUGCUAGUCUGUCCAGUAUCCGGCGCGCGUCGGACUAGGUUCUGGUAUCGGUAACAUAGUCUAGCGUUGCUCGGCGUUCCGGCGCUCCUAGCUUAAUCUGGAU